CAAAUAGUUUUCAAAAUGAAAAUACGUAAUUGUAAUAAUUCUAAUUGAUCAACACAUCAGUAUAAUCAUCAAGAACAUCUUCGAAGAGGAACAAGAAAAAAUGACGCGAGGUACCCGCAACAGCGGGAAUUACCAUUUGCCAAUGCGCAACUCGUCGUUGUACGAUGAGAUGAUGCGUGGGAAUCCUGACCAUUUUGGCGUCGUCAACGCUCAUGAUGGACAUCAGGCGGCGAAGGAAAUGAAGGGGAGUAAGAAUUUAGAUGAACAUGAUGAACCUGCUAAUUCAGUUGUAUAAGAGGUAGUUUGCUCCACUGGUAUCGUGUUCGUGAUAGGUGGAAAAAACCUGCUACUAGUAGACCACCUUUUCAACUAGUAGAUUCUACUUUGGUCUUCUUGAUGGAUUUUUAGAUUUCAAUGCUUGCUCUCCUAGGCCUCCGAUAGAUUUCAAUGCUUGCUCUCCUAGGCCUUCGAUGGAUAGAUCUCGAAGGGCUCAUCAACUCUAGUAGUACUGCACACCCUCAAUCCCAGAACGUAAUUCCGAAGGGUUCAACUCUAGUACUGCACACCCUCAAUGAUCCUAGAUCUCGAAGGGUUCAACUCUAGUACUGCACACCCUCAAUGAUCCUAGAUCUCGAAGGGUUCAACUCUAGUACUGCACACCCUCAAUGAUCCUAGAUCUCGAAGGGUUCAACUCUAGUACUGCACACCCUCAAUCGUCCCAGAUCGUAAUUCCGGUUCUCCUGGUGAGCAUAGGAGUGGACUUUCCAGUUUCGAAGUCGCAGAAAAACAUCGACGUCGCUCUUCCAGUGGUUUACAAAGACCGCAUAAGAUCUGCCGAGAGACUGGAAGACCGCUAAGCGACGGUGGCCGCAAUAGCGUUCCAUCUGGUCACGAUUUGCAUCCUGAUCGUGAUAUUUAAGGCAUGAUAAACAAAUCCAAAAUCCAUCUUCCAGAACAUCUUGGUUGUAGGUCCCAUUUUGGAAUGGGGAAUUGGGGACCAAGAUGCUCCUGGCGAUGGAUUUCCGGCAGGUCUAAGAUAUUCCCUAUGCUGGUGCAGUCAAAGCCACGCGGUUUCACAGUGAGCAUAGUCACAUUGACGCUAGCCCUGAGGACCAUGGUAGGGCACCUUAUUCGCAUGAGGGGAAUGAUGACUACUCUCCGCGCACCUCAAGACGACUCCGCAAACCAGAUCGCACCACGAUUGGUGGUCCACGAGUCACACUGCGCGCGACUGGCAAUCGGGAAUACGGGGAUGAAGCUGAUCGAUUGUCGGCGUUGGCGGGAACAACUGCUAUGAUGAGCACGUGAUGGCAUCACACACACCAGACAAAUUUUUAAUGAUGCUAUAGAUUUCAUUCAAAGAUAAAAAUGAGAACUGUCUGAGUGCAUAGUACCUGAAAAAACACCUGCACGUACCCAUACACAGACACGCACUCCAUCAAAUUCAACAAAUGAGAUUCCGACCACUACUCGGACCUGAGGAUCUAAACUACAUGCUCAAAGGAGAACGAGAAGAAGAACUUCUAUUUCUAACUUUCGCGCUGGCGUAAGAAUGACUCCAGAUCGUCCCUCCAAAACCAGGAAGAUGGACAUCCGUUUUGAUAGUCACCUAGGACACGGAGUUGCUCCGGAGUUGGAAGGACAAGAAGAUCCAGGCCAUUUACGCGGUGCUGGCCAUCAUCGAGGCCACCAACAACAUCAGAGACUUCAAGAGUCCCAUUUUGCAAUUGUUAUGCUGGAUGGUGAUCAGAGAGUAGACCGAACGGCUCUGAUAAUUUCAUUGAUCGGGAUCGCCUUACUAGUUCAUGUUAUCCCCCGUUUUCGUUUCUGUUGUAGAUUCCUAGAAGAUAGUUUGAAUCUUGUAGUUUAUACUCGUGUAUGAGUUGGGAACCCUACCAGGUAAACCCCUCUAAUCCGAGCCACACCCCUGUACCGGAACCACGGCCAUACGAUCAAGUUUUAGACUUCGAUCACGUGGAGAAUUUGAAGAAGAGCAAAGUUAGGCUCGCUCAUGAGGAGACGAUGACUGGUAAAGGAGCUAUUCUAGGAGAUCCUGACCAUGAGGUUGGUUUUCUAGAAGACUACCAGGGCUGGCUGGGAAGAAAGAGAAUGCUGCAGAAGGGGGAAGCGAAAGCGAGGAAGGCAGCUAGUUUGCCUGGAGCGCCAUGCUAUGCGUGGACAGCAGAACCGACGGGGGCUAAAGUGGUGGGGAAAAUAGGUAUGAUGAAUAUGAUAAUGAUUAACUACUUACAUCACAACUCUGUCUCUUGUAGGACUAACUUACAUCAUUCUGGCGUUCUGGUAGGACUAAGGAAAACAGCAGGUUGUUAGAUUGAAAUUGAUACCCUCGUAGCUGUUUUUGUCACGACGACACUGGUAUUUUGCACAUCAACCCAAGCACAAUAAUUUCGAGUUUGUUUCCCUUUAUCCACGAUUGUGAUUGAAGAAGAAGAUCAAUUCAUCAAGAUCACCCCGCCACGACUACCAGGUAAAUCCCGCAUUGGUCCUGGUGAGGGGGAUCGACGACCCUCAAAAGAGAUCUACACGGAGUAUUUGAAGACCAGAGUGAAAGCUGGAAGGGGUUCCGAUCCCCGUGACGUCCCUGCUGGUGUCGAUUGUCGAAGAUUUCAACCUAAAUCACGCGCACCACCGAAGGAUGAGAAGCGAGAGAGGUUUAACGUGGAAGAUGAUACUGCUGUUAUGGUUCGUUUUUGGUAUUAUUAAUUACCGUCUAACUAUUCACUCUUUGUCUUUUUUGAGGUCAACAUUUAGUGUCCAUCGUUCUCGGCAUCUUGGUACCCUUUUCCGUUGUAUUCUCAUCAAAUACGAGGUAAAAGGGGCCAAAAUGAGAGGGCCGAGGUGCAAUCUAGCAGACUCUCAUAUUACUACUUUUUAGCAGAAGAUGAUGCCUCUUUGUGCAUCUUGAUACCCUUGAUGCUGAUAUAUCUUUUCAAGCGAGAUGAAUAUGAAAUGGAAGAGCACGAGGCUUGAUGUAUUAACAGACUAGCGCCGGCGCUUUCUCUCUGUACUUUCCCACCUCCUCUAAUCCUGCUGCCGGCCAAGAUCUUCCUGAGAAAGAAGGUGGUAGAGGAAAGAGCUACUACACCUACAUGGCAAACCGAAGUGCUUUGUCCGGCAACCCCUUGACCUUGAGACAACCAGGUGAUUUCGCAGAGGCCGCCAGACGAAUUCGUGCCGACAAGAGUGAAAUGCUACCUAGAGGCGACACGAGGGAUGAACUACGCUACCUUAAAGGGCCAAGACGCAGAGCGGAUGAUGGCACUAAUUCUGUCCUCGAGGAUGGCACCAACGAAAUUCCGACUUUCGGACAUCCUUCUUUUAUGCUGCUUCGUCCAAUUCUGACAACUCAUCGUCAUCCUAGAAGAAAGCAUCUACUUGAUCUUCCACUCGUCCUUUUUCAAAGGGAAAUUGAAAAGACGUCUAGAAGAGUCAUGCCUUUCAUUUUUCAAGAAGAUGAAUUAUAUAUAGGUGUCGCGAGGUCUACUUCUAAUUCUUGCAACCCCGUCGCGACUACCAAAGCCAGAACUGUUAGAUGGGAACCCCUCGACGUCGAUCCCGACUCACCUGCGCGCAAAGUCGCUGCAUCUCUGGUCCAUGAAGACGAGCGAGCCAAGCGGGAGAAAAUCAGUGGAGAAUACCUGGGAUCUCCAAUCGGCAGAGGCCUAAACGAUGAAAAGCGCAAGCAGUGGGAGCGUGCGCACAUCCGAGAGGCACAUCCGCAUGAUCGAGACUUGAUCCGCUUUCACGAGAACGAACGAUAUGACACGAAAAAAAUGCACUCAUACUCAAGAAAGUAGGCACCUUCUAAGUAGGAAAAAGCCUACUUUCUUGAGGAUGAGUACACUUUUUCGCUUCAUAAACGAGGAGAACUGUUCAAAAGUCCGAAGAUGGAUCCCAGAAAGCAGUACACCUAUGGCCGCUCAGACUUGGCAACGGAACGGGAACUCGGCAGGCGAGCGGAGAGUUCUAAGCCCGAUACGAGCUUGCUGGACCAUGAGAAGAAUCACUCGUUGUACGCUACGGCAGGAACCAAUCGAGACGGACUGUUUAGGCAGAGGGAAAGCAUGAGGAAGAGUACUUCAUAGUUGAAUGGUUCUGGUAUUUUUGGUAUAGCCUGAGUUUGAUCCUAAGGGAAAACAAGAAGAGAACCCUUAGGAUCAAACUCAGGCUAUACCAAAGACCAGAAGCAUAGACAAUAGCACACCUGAGUCUGAGCAGAAGCUCCCUGCUUAGGGGCGUUUUGGAUGUACAUGUACUCCUGGUUUCGAGAAUUUAUAUUAUUGUACUUGAUCAUACUUUAUUACCACAUUCAGACUACAACUACUAUCUAAGUAUACAUGGUUUCAAGAAUUUGUACUUGAUAUUUUAUUUUUACCACAUUGAUUCAGAUGACUACAUCUACAACCACUACUAUCUACAUUCUUCUACUUAUGAUAUUCAUUGUUCUCAUACUGUUACUGACUACCACUACAUUAGGUCGCAAGAUGGUCGAUGGCGGUUACUGUGAUGAAACUCGCGAAACCGAUGAAGAAUCCAACAGCCCUUACUUCUGGGUGAACCGUUCUGUCCGUAUUCCCACUGGCUGCACCGUGCCUCCCGAGUACUACAAUGACCCCGAAACCAAACCCGGCGCUUUCAAAGAUCGCGGUCUCCACAAUAAAGAAGGCGCAUACAAUAUGGACCAAAUGCGCGGCGGACCUCAAACUCCUAUAGAUGCUGAUGGUCAACUCAGGUCAGAACGGGGACCCUUGACGAGGGAGCAAAGGAAAGCGAUACGGGCAAAUGAGAAAGUGUUGCAGGAAGCUGCGAAAGAGAAGCUGCAUCAUGCGAGAGCAAGGAACAUGGCACGUGCGGAAGAUUGGACAAACAUGAACGAGAGUCCAGAAACGAAGGGACUAUUUAAUCCGAAAUUUAUGAAUGGACAUGAUAGUGAUACUGCGCAAUGAUUAGAAGUGAUGGAGUUGUUUGACUUUGUGACCUUGCAUUUUUAUCAUAUUUAUAAGUACCUGUUUGUUCCUCGUUGCAAUGCCAAUAUUAGCACCAACUAGUGGUAGUGCUUAUUAAGUAUAAGUACUUCCCUCACCCUCUCUAAGUCCCACCAGUACGAGCAAGAAGAUUUGACGGAAGACAAUGGGUCCUCUUGCGCCUCCAGCUCUGCCGGAGGGCAACAUCCAGGUCGACAAUUAAGGCUCAACUUUCAAUGGUCACCAUUGAGAUUGGGGUCACUGAGAUCGAAGAGGCGACCCCUUCUUGAGAGAACCAACAGGGGAAAUAAACGAAGGGAAAAGGGGAGAGCUUUGAAGGGGGUCUCUUCCGUUCUUCCGUUCAGAGUCAGUGGCCACUGACUGCUGAGCUUUAAGACAAAGGAGGGGCUCUGGAGACGAUGAUCUCUUAACGCCAUUCGACAGUCCUGCUCACCAUGGAAGGCGUGGUGGGGAUCAUGACGAUUCCAUUGCCUCUUACGCUGGUCGUAGCACAAAGGAAUUUGCGAGAAAGGUCAUGGAUAGAGGCCCGAGAGGUGCACGUCAAGGAAAACCAGAGCGCUUCUCCAUCAAUCGAGCAGGGUUCGUGGUGUCUCCUGCGCAACAGACGGUGAACAUUACAAGGGAAGGACUGGAUCACGACAACAACGGAAAACAAGAUGGCUUUACGAUGCGGCAGGAAACUUAUGGCGGAGGAACCGCAAUUUUGCGUUUUUUGUACAUUAUCCGUCUCAGAAUGAAAAUGACUUUAUUUCAUUUUGAGACGAAUAUUGCUCAACUGAUCCCUGAACUUCAUGUGCGUUUUUUGGCUAAGAAACCCCUUUUCUAUGUUCGCUUUUGGCAUAGUGUUACUCCAUAAUCAGUCGAUUUGGGUCGUUAUCAUUCUAGUGAUACUGAUUGUUCGACGCCUGAAUUAGCAGGUUUAACAUGCUGUCACUAGCGCUAAGACACCCCCGACUCAAAGCCAGUGCUAGCAUCUGAGAGCGUACGAGAGCUGCAAGCGAGGGCAAGGAAUCGUCCAUCCGUUGCAGACAAAUUGACAGGUCAAAGAAAAAUGCCUGGUGUUAUGGCUACAAGUACAAUCGCAAGGGCAGUAGAGACGCUUUCAUCAUGAAUGCCAUCCCUCUUGGCCGCCAGUGUCUUCAGUAUAUUGGUUCUCCUGGUAGUAGUUGUUGAAUUAAAGAACUAGAUCCAACCCCACAGAUGAAUAUGGAAAACAAACCCAGCAAGAAAGUGGAUGCUCAUUUCCACAUCGUAAAGGACCACACAGCGCACAAGUGCUCCAUCUUUGUCUCUAACAGCAAGCGCAGCCUUAGCAGGAACAAACGGAAUGGCAGCCGAGUGGUGGAUAUCGAUGAGCAAGUGACCUAUGUCGAUUACGACACGGGAAGAGUGGGGGUUCCACAUGGGAGAGAUCAGGAUGACUACUACAGUUCAUCUGCUGCCGGGACUCGUACACAAGACGAGCAGAGUAGUGCGACUGGACGCAGUGGAGGUAGUCGUGGUAGUGCCGCUACAGACAAUUAUAGUGGAAGUGCAGCUAGUCGUGGAGUGGAUAGUAGUCGAGGUAGUAGAAGAGCCUUCGGUCGCCAAAACAACGAAGAUCUAGAAGACCAUCGGGAUGCGGAUGACUACGAGGUGGAUUCUAGAAGUGCUGCGUCGAGCUCAGCGACUGGUGACUGCGAUCAUCAUGAAGCUGCUCGUGAUUCUAGGCAGACGUUUUUGAACUACACAGAACCACCACGCGGCGGACAGAGGAGUCGAGGCGCAUCCGCUUCGGCUGCUAGAAAUGUUAAGAGUAGGUUAAUAAAGGUGCUUUUCUUACCGCUUUUUAUGCCUCUCCUAAGAGGGAAAGGCAUAACAAGCGGGGUAAGCGAGCACCAAAAGCCUACCUCUAAUGAGAGAGCAAAUCACUACUCAACAUCAGCAAGUUCCAAGUCCACCGCAUCUUCUCGUCCACAACAUCAACAUCUUCGCCACCACAACUCGUCUUCCGCCUCUUCAGCAGCGUCUUCUGCCUCUUCAGUAGCAUCAUCAGCCAGCCACUCGUCUGCAUCUUCAUUUUACGCACGUCAGGAAGCGAAGAUUCGCAAGCGGGAAGCAGCAUCUAGAAGGACAAGGGCGAUUGACUUGACAACCAGUGGGGCCUUUGUGGAUUGCCUGUAUCCGGAGCAAAAUGCUGUGUCGCCAGUGAAAAAACAAGUGCUAGCAGCAAAUGGAAGGAGAAGUUGCAGGUAUCAACAUGUCAGACAUUUUGUUGCAGUUCUUGCGUUUUGUAGAUAAGAAUUAAAAAUAUAUCGAUCACGCAUUUAUUUUUAUCUACAACAAUAAAUCCUCGUUUUGACAUCGACUACACCAUCAAGAAUUCAAUCCUUUUUGUCUUUUUUUAACCUCAAACAACAAAGCAUUCUUUCACAGUCUAUCUUCAUCGACUCAUAAUUUCCCUCAACGCACAGUCCAACCCGCGCUACUUUUACUCGUCGGUCUGGUGCUGGGUGCAACGACGCCUCUAAAGUGAGGGCUGCCAGCCAAGCCAAUCAAGAAGGCAAACUACUCUACCACUCUCUCCAAGGGAGACGAAAUAAUAACAGUGCGCGCGUCUACGGAGAUGGUGCCACGCAGUAUGGGUGAUACAGCAAGAGUACGGAGAUGGUGCAACGCAGUAUGGGUGAUAAAAAUAGAUCGAGACACGUUGUACUUUGGAAGAGUUUGAGUUAGUAAGUUGUAGAACUUCAAUGUUGUCUGUAGAUGCAAGAGGUUCUUUGUUAUCACAGAAUGUGUGUACGAUAUUAGGGACUCUUGUGGGUCGUGUCCACCAGAAUUCUUAGACUAACUAGUUGGAAGUGUUGUCCUACCUGAACCUCAUUCAAAAGUUAGAUUACCGGAUCAAGUAAGUUCCUAAUCCCAUAAAUAUCUCUAACUGAACAAGGAGUGCAUAAAAAAUGAUGCGUCUGUGGAUGACAGUGAGAUAGUCGCAGUCGCUGUACAACAAGUACCGAAAUUAUAUUUGAUAAGUAAAAGUAUGCUAGUUGUUGUUGUACUAGUACUUCCAAGAAAGUAGAACGAGAUCAAAUCAUCACUUGUGUCUUCGAUGAAGUUACCUAGAAAAAGGAAAAUGUACAAGAACAGAAAACGCACAUAGAAGUACAUGCUGAAUGCUUCAAAAACUUCAACUAUCUUCGACAUAAGGAAAUUAUUAUUGAACCAACUAAUUAGGAAAAAGUAAUGCUCAUGUACAUGUUGUAACUACAUCGAUCCAUCUGACGACGUGGACGCUUGUCCUGAAUGACCAAAACAUAGAGUUAACAGAAGUUCUUUGAGAAGCAUCUGGCUGCUGGCGUUUGCAGGUCGUCGACCGUGGG